CGCUUUCCUUCGUCUAUGCGGGGAGAGGGAGAGCAGCCUCAGUCCACCUCAGUCACUCGGGGGAAGAUGGCGUCUGCGGAUAAGCUCUCGAGACGCUAUGAUUCUCGGGACAAUUUUCACGGUUCAGACGGCGGGAAAUACGGCAAGGAGUCUAAAUACGAUGACCCUCCCCACUCCAGGCUGUUUAUUGUGUGCGGCAAGUCCAUCACGGAGGAGGAUUUCCGCGAAAGUUUCUCCAAGCACGGAACUAUUGAGGAGAUUUGGGUGGUGAAGGACAGGAACACGGAGGAGCCUAAAGGUGUGACGUAUAUAAAGUUCUCCAAAACAUCAGAGGCAGCAACAGCAAUGGAGGAAAUGAAUGGUCGGUGUAUUGGAGGCCACCCAAGACCCCUCAAGGUUCUCAUUGCACACAGCCGUGACCAAGGGUCUCGGCGAGACAUGAAUGAGGAGGAGCGACUGCUGCGGCUCUUUGUGGUGGUGCCCAAGUCCCUUACAGAGGCUGACCUGCGGGAACACUUCUCUCAGUUUGGUGACAUUGAUUAUGUCUCCAUUGUGCGCGACCGCAACACUCGGGACAGCAAGGGUUUUGCCUACGUCAAAUAUCACAGAAUGUCUCACGCGGCAAAGGCCUUUGAGGGCUGUGAACGCACGUUUAAGCCAGUGUUUGCAGACCCCAAACCUCAGAAGAGCGAUGGUAUAAAGUUUGACGGGGGCGGCCGGGAUAUUCGAGGGGAGCUGAGGGGAAGAGGCGGGUAUGGGAGCUACUCUUCAGGCCCCAUCACUCCGCACAUCAACAACCACCAUUCUCCGUUUGACGCUAUCUCAUUCAUGGACACAAGUGGGCUAAACCCCGAGGGUGUGACGCGGCUGACUGUUAUUGCCUCGCCCACCCUCAACCAGGACCAGCUCUGGAAGUUGUUUGACCUUAUCCCCGGUCUUGAUUACUGCGACCUGAGGAAAGACCACAAGUCUGGUCAGCUGUUGAUGGGGAUCCAUGGGUGUAGCAAUGAGGCUCGAGGCGUUGCUACUGUGGUGUAUAACAAUAUCCAGUCUGCCACCUAUGCCAAGGAAAAACUGCACGGCUUUGAGUAUCCUCCUGGCCAGAGACUCAUUGUCAAGUUUGACUCCAGACACGACAUGCCUCCAGGACCACCACCUAUGAUGACAGGAGCCCCAGGUGGGCCCCCGUAUGCUGGGUUGCCCCGGGGUGUGUCGGGUGGUUUGGUUCCUCACAAUGGCACCAUGGGUAGCAGUCCUCCCAGUGCCCUUGCCACUGCUCCACCAGCACUUAGUGGUGGCCAACCCAAUAGUAACAUACAACAGAACCUGGCACAGCUGGCUGAAACUAUUGCACAAGCCACCUCCCUCAUCCAGGCUGCAGGGCUCAGUCAAGGCCAGAGUACUGUCAACAACAUUGGCGGCAGCCCAGGUCAGAUAACUGGGGGUGAGACAUAUGACCCUUCCUACUGCUCUGUCAAGCUUCCACCACCACAGCCCCUUGCACCUGUGGACUCUGCAGUUGCUGAGAGGUUGUUCAUCGUGUGCCAUCCUUCACCACCUCCAAUAUAUGCAUUGAAGGACGUUUUUGGCCGGUUUGGGAACCUGAUCGAUAUCUAUAUGUUGAAUGGCAAGACCUUUGGUUAUGCUAAAUACUCCUCCAAAGAAUCUGCAGAUAAGGCCAUAGUGGUGUUGCACGGGCAGGAGGUGCUCGGGUCCAGGCUGAAGGUGAUGGAGGCCGAUCCCCACGACAAGGCUGACUCAGGACGGAAAAGACUUCGCAUUGAUGACCAGAGUUGAGUCGGCUUUGGGCAGAGGUACGAGGAGAGGGAUAUUUGAAGGGAGCUGGGGAUGGGCACUGCACUAGUGGGGCAAUUAUUAUUCAAAGUUACAUUUGCAUUGAAUAAUUGUUAGCUCUAUAUUAAGUAUGUUUAUUGUCAAUAUUUUUCUUACUGAAAAAUGUUAGCAUACAUUUCCUGCCCAUGAUACUUUGAUUAUAUUUAAGUAUUUAUUGAAGGCUGCUCUGAUAACAUUGGCCUUGUGCUCUACUAAAUCUCCCUUAAAGAAUAUUCCCUUAAUAAUGUGAACUUAUCACAGUAACAAUGUGUCAAAAGGGGCAGUUCACAUUUAAGUAAUGUAAAUAUGUGACUUUAUUUGCAUGAUAGGAUGUAAAAGAGGUUGUAGGUGUUUUUGUUUUUGAAGGAAAUAUUUGUGUUCAGCAUGCUGUUAGCUGUAAAUACAUCUUGGCAUGCAUAAAUUAAUCAAUGUAUUUUCAGUGUACUCAGCAUAAUCACACAUAUGUAUAUUUUUUAUGAUGUUUGUAUUUGAGAGAAUCAUUCCAGUAUGGUCUAAGGCUGACUGUGUGUGUCUUUGUACUGUUUAAGGUUUAGGUGUUACUCUGACAGGCUGUGAUAAUGAUAUCUGUGAUAUAAAAAUAGUAGCAUGUUGCGGGGACACACAUGGCAUGCUAGAGGUAGAAUCUCCUGUGUCUUUUGGCUUGGUGCGUCAGUAGUGUAACUUGCAUGGAACAUCAUUCUCCUCACCCUUCUGGGGCAGCCGUUCACAUGGGCAGGAGUGCAGUCACAAAGGGUGUAGUGGUGGCUUGUGGAUCUGCAUUUAGGAAGGUUGUGGUAUAACAGAAUUCUUCUCUCAUCUGGUGAUUUUUAACACUCGCUUCAAGGAGGAAGUUAGUCACAAGUCUGACUUACUUGGAAUGUAGUGAUAAUUUUCUCCAUUAUCUUUUUAUUAUUAUUAUUAUUAUUAUUAUUAUUAUUAUUAUUAUUAUUAUUAUUAUUGAUUUCUUAAUCAUUUAUUUUUAAUUAACUAUCAUCAAUCACUCCAGUCUUUACCAUUGUAGUCUGCUGCAGUUGAAUUUGAGAAAUAGAUUUUGUUCAGUAGAUAGAACUAAUAUAUACAUAUACAUGUCUGUAGGGGAUUUGACUGUUUAUCUAACUUUUAAGCAUUACUACCAACCUUAAAAAUAAUGAUUUUGAUGUCCUUACCAGGAAAGAGAAUACAGUGUGCAAAAAUGUUUGGCAUAAACAAUUUAAUUUGUUUAAGAUUUCAUUAAUCAAAAAGCAGUGUUUAAUUUGAAGUUUUCAUCAAAUGGUACAGUUGUUUUGGUUAGGAUACUUAACAUAUUGGUGAGGUGUUUUCUUCAUCUACAUGCUGCCUGCAGCAGGAGCCAAGCUUAGUAUUUUUUUCCCAUGGUAAGAAGAACAUUUUGCAUUUACUUGAAGCAGGUUGUUUGCAGUACUUGAAGCCUGCCCAUGUCCUUUACCUUGAGCAGCUAUGUAUGCUUAUGGCAGGCCAGACACUGCUCACCAUCCACUCACUGUGGACAUCUCAUAAUUUGAUCAUCAGCAUGUUCUGUCUGCGUUGGCUUGGCAGAAAAUUUUUUUGCCGUGUGGUAUGUGAUUUGGUACUACAGUGUAAUGAGGAAAGAGGAAUCUCAUGAUGUACAGCAUGUGCAGUGAUAGACUGAGGACAAAAUGUGAUAGAUUAACUUUACCCCAAAUAUUAUUUGCUGUCUAAAGGAAGGAUUGUCAUAGAAAGGAAGAAAAAUGUGAUAUAAACUGUUAAUAUAAGCUGUCAUAAGCCAAUGGAAUAUUUACAACCUCCUGUGUAAGACCUGAACUUAUGUAUCUAAACAAGCUGUUGACUUCCCUUGGAUUCUCACAAAAAAGUGAUGCUGCCUCAUAUACAUUUGAUAUUUCCAUUAUGAUACUGAAGGAAAGUAAUAUCACUGUUUUUUUCCAGGAAGCAUGUUUUGUAGCAUAUAUCAAUAGUUUUGGAAUAUUUAUGCAUUCAUUGCUAGCAGUCUGAGAAGAUUUCAAUGUGAAGACAUGAAGGACGUGAGUAAUGGUAUUUCAAGCUAGAUUUUGGUUUUUGACAUGGCUGGCAUAUUUCUCUGACUUAACUCUGAGAUGACCAUGACAGAAAGACUUAUUUCAAGUACACCUACAGGUUUUUUAAAUAAAAAGAAUAAAACACUCAUUUUUCUUCUCACUGUACUUUGUUCUUGUUGUGACAAGUAAGGUAUGCUGAUGAUUGGUGCAGUGUUCCAGUUGAAGUACUGAAAAGUUGAAUUAAUUAAUGGCUAGCCCAAUAUCUUCAUAAAGUGAUCACUCAGACUAUGGUACAGACACACUGGCUGCCCACAAAGAUGUCUUAUAGCUCUAUAGAUCACAAUCUUUGCUCUGCAGAGGAAAUAGAUAAGAAGUAAGGCCUUAAAAGCCUUUUCCACUGUUCUUGUAGCUUUUCACUUUUCACCAGAAAAACAAUGUUACUUCACAUUUUUUGAUGAAAAAUUUCAUAAAUUAUAUUCAGGGUACAAUUUAUGAUUCAGCAGUGUUUGACGUAAAAAACAGAUCUCAAAUCACAUUUUUCAUGGGGUUUACAAAGUAUUCUCCAAAAUGUCCUCCAGAAAUCUGUAUUUUUGCUAUGCAUUUAGAUUCAGAUCCGUGGAGAUCUUAUUAAGUCAGUAAUUGUUGAAAGAUGGCAUAUACUGCAUAAAGUAAACAACCUCAAUCCAUUUGCUGCAGCUUAGUUACAGCAACUUUUUAGUUAUAGUUUUUCUUCCCCCCUCUUUUUUCUAUCUCCUUAUCCCUCUGGGUAUAAUCCUUGUAAUGUUAAAUUGGCAUCUUUAUUGUUUUGCUAAAAUUCAAAGCUCCUUAACCUCUGAUGUACCUCACAACUGGGGCAUCCAGAGCUCUGCUACUGAGGCACAUCAGCAAUGGUUAGAUCACAAGCUGCUGCAGCAAAAGGGUUGACUGGGGAGUGCCUGGGUGGCAACCCAACCCAGCACAGGUGGGGAUGCAGCUCGGAUGGGGGCCACACUCGCUUAGCCCUGUCACAAGGGCCAGCAUGAUACAUAUAGACUCUUGCAUGACUGGCGGUGGAGAGACAUGGUUUUCUGACUACUUUUUUUUAUGGCUUUUAAUGUUUUCUAGUUAACAUUGGUAUUAUGAGAAUAAUAAGAAAUGGGAUUCACUUUAUGCUGGAGAGGGUAUUAGAAUUAAUUUAUGCAUGUGAAAUGAUUGUGAAAUUCACAUUUAACACAUGCAGUCCACAUAAAUAUUUUUAAUAGAUUUUUCAUAUAAAUCAUUUUUAAAUUUCUGAUAAGAGCCAUUUUUCUACAUGGCUGCCCAAGUGGCCUAUCCCAGAUGUGUUGAGUCGGCCACUGGUAGGGCCUUACUGAAUUGUCUCGUUUCCCCAGCAGCAGCGUGUUGACAUCGUGACUUCGCGGACCUUACCACGGACAGUUACGGACAGCCAACACAGCGACCUAAAACUACCCUAACCACUCCAUGGUCCAAUGAACCAAUUCCCCGUUACCUUAGACAACCACCAACAACAACUGUUAUGUUCCCAGAGACUCCCAACACUCGUGUACCAAACUAGCAAAGACGUACCUUCCUGAGGCAGCGCUGAACUUGUGACUACACACUGGCGACUGUAGCACACAUGAGUGCUGAUGUGUAGGGAAUUACUUAUGCAUGACAAUAUUUUUUUUUUCCCUUUUUAUAAUUUUCCUUUUAAAAGUAGUUAAGAUAGUUACCAAACAGAGCAAAAUUUGUUUUAUAAUGGUAAGCCUUUUUGUGUGACUUAUAAAUAAAUGCUGUAUAGUAACCUAAUGGUAGUGUAACCAUUUAAUAAAGAAUAAUGUUCAAAUUUCAGAUUGUGAGUGUAAUGUGUCAUAGCACUUUGGUAAUAUGUGUAUAGGAAGGCACAUUUUAUAUUUUGGAUAUUUGAUAUGGUAUACACCCUUCAGUAUUAGUGUUUGAAGUAAUGUCCGUGCAUCUGUUGGUUUUCUAUAUUUGUUAAUUUUGCAGCUGUUACAGAGGCCACUAUUCUGAAUAGUUCUUGGAUCACAAGCUGUUGGCAAGUAAAACUUUGUGCACUACAUCUCACAACAGAAAGACCUCUGAUUGAUGCAACUGGGAUAAAAGAAGAAAAAAAAUGCCUAUAACACUUAGGCCCUCAUUUGUUCCACAGUAGGAUUUGCUGUCAGUAGCAGUUUCCAGUGGCCAUAUAGCAUAAUAUAAAAUCUCAGUCUUCUAUGAACUGAGCUUGCUAUCCUUCCACUAACAGAUAGGAGAAUGGACACCUCAGUACAUCAAAGUCACUAUCCAGAUCUGCAUCACCCAAGAACAAUUCAGGUGUGAUUUUCCUGUUGAGCCUCACAUUCCAAUCCUAUCUGUUAAUAAUAGUUUCAAGUAGGAGACUUUAGAUGUUGAUGCUUCACGUGGCAGACUGAUUACAGAGUAUGUAAAUAACAUUGGACUUGACAGAAUUAAUUUAUUUGAGAUACCUUUAGUUUCAAUUCAUUGGAUGUAUAGUAUGGGUGGAAUGUUUCGUUAGUUUAAAAAGUUUAAUUUGAGCACAAUUAAAGUAACAAUUUCAUGAACCUAAUGAAAGGAAAAAAGUCAUCAAACUGCUUUGAUGGCAUAAUCUUACAUGAUGCAAGAAUUUAGUAGUAAUAAAUUUUUGGUUCGUUAUAUCUGUUAAUAUUAGUUUCAUCAAGAAUUAAUUUUUGGCAGUAACUUGGCAAUUAAAUUAUUUUUAAUUCAGAGAUAUGUAAUGUAUAAAUAGGUUAAGCAGCUCACAAUAGUUGGAAAAAGACUUUGUAAGACUUAGCAGACAGACUUCAGAACAGACAUCUGACAGCACGCAACUAGAACCCAAACAGAUACAGAACUUGAUGAGGUACAGAUUUGUGUGCCAGAUAAGUGUGGUAAACAUGAAUGAAGCUUCAUCAAGUGGGUCUGUUUUAUUUGAAAUUGAGAUGGCCUGCCACCUCAUCAAAAGCCUGGUAGUGGUAGGUGUUCAUUGCAUUAUCAUUGAUUUAGAUUUCAGUGGUAAGGGUUCUGGCUUCCUGACCUAAUGGUAGACCCAACAGUAUGACUAGAGCAGUGUGCCUGAUGCCAACGGUGGUGGGACAAGAGGCAGUGUUACUGUCUUGUUGGUUUCCAGUGUAGCUGGUUUGACAGAAGUUGGCUCAGGCUGGAUCACCUGUACCUGUUUGGGAACUAAGUCAUUGUUUGAAUGUUCCAAUAAUAGGGCUGUAAGUCCUUGGAAAAUUAUUUAUGUAUAUAUUUAUUCACUUGGUGAUUAAGCCAGUAUUUAUUCUUGGCCACCAAAGGUGCACAAAUACAUAAAGUUAGUACAAUUGCAUUUCCAUGAAGCUGCAGAAUGUCCUUGUGUUCAUUUGUCUUUGAGAAGAAUAUGUGAGAAAUUUUAUUUGCUCCAAGCUUGGUUGUGUGUUUGAUGCUGAUGUACAUAGUUGUUUUUUACAGUGUCAUUGUUUUAAUACUUGAGUAUUGGCCAGCCAACAAAUAUGCAAUUACAAGUGUUAGCUGAUGUGUGUGUGUGGUAGGCUGAGUCAAACUACCAUUUCAUAUUUUUUUGGAAAAUUCCACAUAUUUUCACAUAUACAAUAAGGCUUAUAUUUACAUAACAUGUAAAACAAACAAUACAAGUAAUAAAUAA